CCUUUAGCCAGCAAGGUAACAAAGGUGUGAUUUGUUUUGUCAUUUCAAUGCAACUCUCAUUCUCCCUCAUCAGGCACCGUCAGGCCUGCACAUCAGCCUCAACCCCUGCCAACCCAGGCCGUUUCGAAACACGACCACGUCAAUAAGCCAUGGCAGGCCUUCCACCAGACAUCAUCCAAGUCAAGCGCAAACGUGGCAAAGAUGACGAUCCCGUCGACUUUCUUCGGCUCGAGGAGACCAAACGAUCCCGGUCGAGCGAUGGCGGUUGGGUCUACCAGCGCAAGCCAGCCGAUGUUGCGCGUGCUAGCCACGCGGCCGCUGAACCGCCCAGCCCAAAGAUUCCGGUGAUCCAGCCAACGCGGGACGGCGAUGGAGAGCGACCGGUCAGGCACCCGCGCAAACGAACUAGGGCUCCUGCCAGGGACGAUGCGGCUGCCACAGGAGCUGCCCCAGAUACACCCAACGUACCAGAGCAGCCAGCGCCUACCGCAUCGAGUCACUCGAGCACCGACCGCAUACGUCGGUUCCACAUGGCGCGAUCCAACUCGCCCCAGCCGACAGCUGGCGUGUCAAAGAGGCGCGCAGUGCCCGCCGUGUUCGUCGAGAGGGGCGCGAAGAAACAACGGGAGACAUUGAAGGCCAAGAUUCAGGAACACAAUGUAACCCCAGCAGAGUCACCAACGCCCGUGGACGGCUCGCCGCCCUUGGGACCCUCUCUCCCGGCAAACGAGAACCGGGCGCCCAGCCCAGUCAAGUAUAAACGGCCGGGUCAUCGGGCCUGUACCUCUACCUCCGACAAUAAACCUACGCUCCCUCCGUCCAUGCGCGAGCGCGAAAAGUCCGACGUAAACGAGCUUGCCCGAGUCAUGGACAGCUGGACACUCGAUGAGAUUACCAAGAACCUCAACAAAAUGGAAGAACAGAGCACCAAAUCCAAAUCCAGUCCGGCGAAAUCGCGUUUCAGGCCCAAGCCCCCUAAGAAGCGCUAUUUUGAACGCCACCCCGAGUCUCUGGCCCCGAAGCAGCAGCAACCCCCGGUUGACGCGACAUCCAUGGACGUGGACGUCCGGGUAGUGGGGGACUCAACCGACGAGGAGGACUACGUGUUGGAGACCUACGAGCGCGUUCCCGCACAACGGUUACAAGAACGGGCGGUACCGCCACAUAUGGUGGGCGUUUUGAUGUUUGAUACCGAACCGGAUAUGGUCGAUUUCUUCUACGGCAAUGAGGACGAUAGCGACGAGGAGUUUCCGGAAGAUGAUGAGGAUGAGAACGCGGAAAACUACUAUGCGGCAGACUAUCCCGAAGAAGACCUCGACUGGGACGACGAGUUCGGCCGAAACCCCUACUCCUACACAAAUACGAAUGACUCGGACAGGGAAGAAUUUGACGAGCGGGAUUACGAUGAUGACGGUUUUGAGAAUGGCGACCAGGUCGGCGUGCCACAGGUGCAAGCCAAAGAAUGGACGUUUUGAAGAGCAACGUUAUGGGCGAGUGUAUUAUCAUAUGGUUAUUGGCUCAAGCGGCGCAUCGAACGCAACAAGGGAUGAGCAUUUGGCGUUCAGGGUUUUGUCAAGGAUACAGGAAGGAUACAAGACGGAAAGCAGAAAAUCGAGAUACAUGGAAGAUAUCUCGAAACCGACCCUUGUGUGGAGGUAACAACGAAAUAUAACACCCGAGGAGGGUUCACUAGCUUGUAAUUCAGAGGCCCGAU